UAGUUCCAUGGCCCACUUUAUUAAGGGAACCGCAGGGUCACAUUGGCUGUAAACCAAAUCCUGGAAUAUAUUUAUUAAAUAUCACCGCAUUCUGAUCUGUAACAAAUAUAUCAACAUGCCCGAUGCCGAACAAUUGCCCGAAGGAUGGGAGAAGCGCACUAGCCGCUCAACAGGCUUGAGCUAUUACCUGAACGUCUACACAAAGGAAUCGCAGUGGGAUCAGCCCACCGAACCGGCCAAGAAGACCGGCGGUGGAUCAGGCGGUGGCGGAUCCGGCGGUGGGGCCGGCGACUCUCCGGACGAGGUGCAGUGCCUGCAUCUGCUGGUGAAACACAAGGGCAGCCGGCGUCCCAGCUCGUGGCGAGAAGAGAACAUCACUAGGACCAAAGAGGAAGCCCAGCUGCUGCUGGAAGUGUAUCGCAACAAAAUUGUCCAGCAGGAGGCCACCUUUGACGAGCUGGCACGCUCCUACUCCGACUGCAGUUCCGCCAAGCGCGGCGGUGAUCUUGGAAAGUUUGGCAGAGGUCAAAUGCAGCCGCCCUUCGAGAAGGCCGCCUUCGCCUUGAACGUUGGCCAGCUAUCGGGGAUAGUGGACACUGAUUCAGGACUCCACAUUAUCCUUCGCAAAUCGUAAACAACUCGUUCAUUUCCAACAACAACCACAAUAUCAGCUACAACGGUGUCAUCGCACGAAUAAAAAUGAAUUACAGCCAUUUCUCAAUAUA